AUUCAAACUUCCGGUUUGUUCACUUGGAACUAGUUUUUUUUCCCCCUUCAGUGGAGGUGGAGGAAAGCGAGGAGAAUGUCCAUACUUUCGUUUGCAGUACCGAGGGAACAUUAAAGAAGAAAAAAGGGCAAGGCUGACUGGAUAUAACGCUUUCUUAUUUUUGACUGAGCACCAACACUGGUAAAAUGCCCGAGCCAGCUGACAAUAUCGACCUGGGCUUCCUCUCUGACACCGAGCGGGAUUUGAUCCUGCAGGUGCUGCGACGGGAUGAGGAACUGAGGAAAGCUGAGGAGCAGCGCAUUCGGAAACUGAAGGCAGAGUUGCUGGAAAUUAAGAGGAAAGGAGCCAAGCGUGGCAGCGGGAGAUAUAGUCAGAAGAGUUGUGGCCGAUGCCAGACGCCUUUGAGUGCACUGGCCUUAAACAACAUUCAGUGCCAGCAGUGCCAUCACCUUGUAUGCAGCAAAUGCAGAGCCAGCGUCCUCAAUGGAGCAUGGUUGUGCAGUGUGUGCGCCAAAGAAUCGGACCUAAGGAAGAGUACAGGAGACUGGUUUUACAAUCUGAGGGUAAACCGAUUCUCUACUUCGCCCGGACACGAGCUCGUGAGACGCACCCUGAGAAAGAGGCCUGUGUCAAAGAAGUAUGUGACAAUGGGAGACGUUCUGCUGAAAAGUGAAGAGUUGAGCCAAGCUCCAUCGGUUCCUGUUCCCGUCCACAGCCCCACACCCGCCUCCCGCGCCACCACUCCCACCCCUGCCUUCAUCCCACUCCCCGACCCGGUCCUAGACCUGGUCCCUGACCCGGACCUAGACCCAUUCCCUUACCCGGUUCCUGACCGAGUCCCAGACCCGGUCCCCGACCCAGUCCUGAACCCAGUCCUAGACCCAGUCACAGACCCAGUCACAGACGCAGUCCCAGUCCCAGUCCCAGUCUCAGUCCCAGUCCCAGUCCCAGUGCCAGUCCCCAUCCCCAGACAGAGAGUCCAAACCACUAGCAGUGCAACAUCGGUGCAACGUACUCCUAGUGCAAAUUCUGAGUCAGCUACUUCAGUGACAUCUUUAGAAAUAAAAGCAUAUGAAGACACGUUAAAGCUGUCGUCGCACAGUGACACAGAGUCUGCAGAAAACACCAGCCUGAGCAGCAGCAAAACAGGCACGGAGUCUAGACAUGUCACCCCUGAACUGUCCAGGAGAGAAACUACCCCCCAUCUGUCCAGCCCAGCAGGAUCCAGUGAUUCCAGUCUCACACGCCAAGUCAUCCCAGAUGCUGUCAGCAUUCAUAGCUCAAGCUCGGAAGCUAGCACCGUCCCAGAAAUAAGGGGAAUCUGUCCAGGACCAGAGUUGGAUGUUGGAAAACUCUUUAAGAAGAGCGUCAGAUGUGUUCAAACUCCUCCCAUCAUUACAGAACGUCUCAUUUCGGGGCUGGAUGAUGAUUGUGACCAACCUGACUCAUGUGAGGUCCAAGAGGACAUCAAUAGUCAUUCUGUACAAGUUGAAGAGACACAAAUGCCAGACAUAAAGCAGGUCUCUCCAAGCCCUGUGUUGGAUGUUGAGCAAAUCUUCAAAAGGAGUGUCAGACGCGUUCAAAAUCCUCCUGAACACCUAUCCACGCUGGAUCUUCGUGACACACAGGACACAUUGGAGGUACCAAUUGGAAACAGGAGCCAUUCUGUACCAGCUUUAGAUAUGCAUGAAGAUGAAGAGGAGGAUAUUGACAGCUUGGUUAACUUCCACAGGAGGACAAUGGCUUCCAGUUCUGCAAGCUCACAGAGCACACACGGGAGCCUGAUGAGCAUUUACAGUGAGUCGGGAGACCAUGACAGCGUUGAGGUGAGAGGGGAGGUGGUCUUCUCUAUAAUCUAUAACGAAUCCAGCCAUAGCCUCCAGGUCUUCAUUAAGGAAUGCCAUGGGCUGGCCUAUGGAGAUACCCUGCGGCAGCUUUCCAACCCCUACGUCAAAUGUUACCUCCUCCCCGACAAAUCUCGCAUGAGCAAAAGGAAGACUACCAUCAAGAGACAUACCUGCGACCCCGUCUACAAAGAAACAUUCAAAUACUCGAUUCGCCGUUCUCAGCUGCUCACUCGGUCCAUGCUGAUAUCUGUGUGGCAUCACGGCCGCUUCAGCCGCAACCCUUUCCUGGGAGAGGUGGAGAUCGCUCUGGACUGCUUCGACCUGGAGUCCUCGCAUGAGGAAUGCAUGGCGCUCAUGACUAGGGCUCCUUGCUGUGUACCAGCCUCAGCCUUCACUGAAUUCAAAGGAGAGUUAGUGGUCUCCUUGAAGUACUUCACACCUAAAGCCCCAGUAACACAAAAAAGCAAAGGCAAAAAGCCAGUGGCUGUGGAAGAUGGAGAGCUGCAUAUCCUAAUUAAAGAGGCAAGGAACUUGAUGGCCAUGAAAGGAGGAGGCGGCACAUCCGAUAGCUUUGUAAAAGGGUACUUGUUCCCUUCCAAGUCAAAGACCACCAAGAGAAAGACGCCAGUGGUGAAGAAGAACCUGAAUCCUCACUAUGGCCACACAUUUGUAUACAAGGAGCUAGCGCUGGGGCAGCUGAAGAACAUGUGUCUGGAACUGACCGUGUGGGACAGAGAGCCCAUGUUUAGCAAUGAAUUCCUUGGAGGAGUACGCCUCAGCUCUGGCAAAGGCACUAUAAAAAUGGGAAACGAUGAAGUGGAGAUGGAUUCAGUUGGAGAAGAAGUUAGUCUGUGGCAGAAGAUGAUGCAGUACCCCGACUCCUGGGCAGAGGGCAGUCUCCCCUUGCGUGCCACUAUGAGGAAAAAGAAGACAAAAUGAGGACGCCCCUCUUGAACAUCCAUCUGGAUCUUUCAAGGGGGUCAAGUAUUCGCAUCUGAAACAAUUUUAUUGUGUUUUAUACAUUUAUUUUUUGCAACAUGAUGGGACCAGAAAUGUGACUUUCCCGUGACAUGACAGUACACACAGCUGAUUGGCUGUAAGGAGACACUGGGGUUGUCAAACGUCACAUGUUGUCACGUUUCUGAUGAAAAUGUACCAAAGAAAUACUCAACUCUGGAUUUUCGGAACACUGACACUUAUUUUGUUUUUAAUUUCUGCAGUUCACAAGCCCACAGCACAGAAAUAGCUCUAAUCAUGUACAGCUGAGUUCAAUUUGCUAUGUCAUAAUACACAAAGUAAAUUGUGUUUAUUUCCAUCUUUUAUAUAGCCAUCGCUGAUUUUUGCCAAUAUUACACAGAAUUUGUUUAUAAACAUGUUUUGCUGAUUCAGAUUACAUUUUAACUUGUGUGUCUCAAAGUUGCCUUGGUGAUCCUGUUCAGCCAAUAAAUAUUGACAAAACACAGAACAUUAUUGAUUAUUUCAGCAGCUUGAGAGCCCUUAAGUCAUCUGACCACUCUACAUUUGGCAGUUUUACUUUUUAUUUUUCAUUUGAAUAAAAGAAAAAAAAAAACAAGUGUAUUACUGAUAAGAUGGUUCUCUACUUUGUAUUGCGGCCUCUCAACUGAUGAUACAGAAAGCACUUUACUAGCAUAAACUACACAAGUUCCUGUCAUGUUCCUCCUGACCUGCGUCCAUCCUGGCUUGUUCUGCCCACCUUUUCCUCCUCAUAUGACCUGAUGAGAUCAUCACUGUCCUUUUAAUUAGUCACAGAGGUCUCUGUGGCGCUCCAGACUCUCUCGCUCUUCCUCAUCCAGCUCAAAGCUGUCAAUGUAGGAGAAGAGCUCCUCCGACGCCAUCGGGAUAAUGAAGCGCUCUCGAUCUAGCCCCAGCUUGUCCACCAGCACCAUGCUGAAGUAAGACCUGGAGAUUCUGAAUGUUUGCCUGCAGGGGGAGAAAAUCAUAAAAAAUCUAAUGAAAUCAUUCUUGCACUGACUCAGCUCUGGGAAAACGGGAGUGGAGACAUUUUCCAGUGUGGAAAAGUGAGCUGGGCCCCUCACACAAAUUGCACUAUGUGGUGGAAAAUCCUAUAUAUUUUCUUUCACAGAGAUGAAUAAGUGUCUUGUAUUUCUGUGUGUUUGUACUCUGAACAUUCAU